CCAGCGCAGCCUCCGGGCAAUGCACUUGAGACCCAGACGCAGCGGGGAGACAACUCAAAGUGGCUGUGCCGGAGGGAGGAGUCAGGAGGCCGCCUCUAGCAGGGCUGUCUGGUUUCUCUAGUCCUCGGCAACGGGGGACCGCACUUGGUGCUUGGCUACUGGGGACAUGAAUUACUCACGCUUCAUCACCGCCACGAGCGCAGCCAGAAAGCCUUCUCCCAUCCGAGUGACGGCUGACACUUUGAGCAGGAAAUCACUCAUUUCCUUAGCUGCUGGAGCACCAAAUCCAAACACAUUCCCCUUUAAGACUGCUACUAUCACUGUAGAAAAUGGAAAGACAAUCCAAUUUGGAGAAGAGCUGAUGAAGAGAGCACUUCAGUAUUCUCCAACUACUGGAAUUCCAGAGCUUUUGUCCUGGAUAAAACACUUACAAGUAAGACUUCAUAAUCCUCCCACCGUCCAUUAUCCACCCAGUCAAGGACAAAUGGACGUAUGUGUCACAUGUGGCAGUCAAGAAGGUCUUUGUAAGGUAUUUGAAAUGAUCAUUAAUCCUGGAGAUAAUGUCCUCCUAAGUGAACCUGUUUAUUCAGGAACACUUCACAUUCUACAACCGCUGGGCUGCAACAUUAUUAAUGUUUCCAGUGAUGAAUAUGGGAUUAUUCCAGACUCCCUCAAAGAAGUACUUUCCAGAUGGAAACCAGAAGAUGCAAAGGAUUCCAAGAAAAACACCCCCAAAUUACUUUAUACUGUCCCAACUGGAAACAACCCUACUGGAAGCACCUUAAGAAGUGACCGAAAAAAGGAAAUCUAUGAGCUUGCAAGAAAAUAUGAUUUCCUCAUAAUAGAAGAUGACCCUUACUAUUUCCUCCAGUAUGGCAAGUCCCGGCCACCAACAUUUCUUUCUAUGGAUGUUGAUGGGCGUGUGAUCAGAACUGACAGUUUUUCGAAAGUCAUCUCCUCUGGAUUGAGAAUAGGGUUUAUAACUGGUCCACAACCCUUGAUAGAGAGAGUUGUUUUACACAUACAAGUUUCAUCACUGCAACCCAGUACUUUUAACCAGUUUAUGAUAUUACAGCUUCUACAACAGUGGGGAGAAGAGGGCUUCCUGGCUCAUGUUAACAGAGUUAUUGAUUUCUAUAGGAAACAGAAGGAUGCAAUGCUGGCAGCUGCAGACAAGUGGUUAGGUGAUUUGGCAGAAUGGCAUGUUCCUACUGCUGGAAUGUUUCUAUGGGUUAAAAUUAAAGGCGUGCAUGAUAUAAAACAACUGGUUGGAAAAGAAGACUUUAAGAAAGAGAUAUUAAUGUUUCCUGGAAACGAUUUCCAAAUCGAUAGCUCAAUUCCUAGCUCCUACUUGAGAAUGUCCUUCUCUUCAGCUUCGCCAGAACAGAUGGAUGUGGCCCUCCAGAAAUUAGCCCAACUUAUAAAAGAAUCAUUAUGAAGAAUCUUUAUGAAGAAAUCGUACUAUUUGUGGAUUUUUCAUAUAGAUAAUAUGUUUUAGCAGGAAGAAAUGAUCACUGGGUAUUAGACUUACAGAUUGGAUUUCAUCAGAUGUGAAUAUCUGUAGUAGUUUAACUGGACAACUUUUAAAGUGCCUUUAAAUCCAUCAGAUUGCCAAAAUAUUCUUGUAAUCUACUUAUGCCUUUUGAUAAAUUUUCAACCUACAAAAAAUUAUUUUUACCUUGGAUUUUAUUAUAAAGAACUCUGUAGUUGCUUUAUAAUUUCCCAUAAAUUGUCUUUGAAAAUGACAUGUUACACUAAAUUAUUUUGAAAAUCGAAGGAAAUAAUCAAGUUCAAAAUGAUAUAAUGUGUACUUUUUCUAUUUUUAGGAAAAUUUAAUGAGAGGUUGUUGUAAAAAUUGUUUUAAUUUGACCAUUAUAAAUGAUUUUUAGUAAGAAUAUCAUAGACAUUAUGUUCUGCCACAGAAAUCCUUUUAAAAUAAAAUUCUGAUGGAAAUCAUCAUGUCAAAAGGA